AUGGAAGCAACGCUUUCGCACAUCCUUCAGUCAUUGAAAGGAACUCAAGGGGCCGCUGUUGCAGUGGCUCUCUCUGUCGGUCUCCUCAUACUCACGGUGCUACAACACGCAGGCAAACCACGUCAGUCAAUUUCGACGAGCGUGCCUCUUAAGGUCGAAGCCCUAUACUUUUAUCCUGUCAAAGGGUUGAGGGGUUGUGAACUGAAGGAAGGCAAGAUCGGUCCCCUGGGCUUUGAACACGACCGGACGUUCUGCCUGCAAAAGAUUCAUCGUGAUCCUCAGACCAAUGAGAUCAAGCGGUAUGAGCCUAUGUUUAGCGGCUUCCAUCUCCGGAUGGCAUUGUUCUUGACUCGUCUUGAGGACUCGGCGAAUGGUUCAGGACGGGAUAUUGUUGUCACCUGGACGGGACCUGAGAACCCCAAGAAUGACAAACAGAUCCGAUUUCCGCUUCGACCACAUUUAGGGAUCCUGAAAAAAGUCCACCUUGAUCUCUAUGGUGCUACUACCGAUGCUUUUGAUAUGGGCGACAGCAUCUCAGCAUGGUUCAGCUCGUAUCUUGGCUUCGAAACCCAUCUCAUGUACCUUGGGCAGAAUUCUCGCCCAGUUCUCGGCUCAGGUGCACCAAACAGUGAGUUGGCCUUCCGGAAGAGACUAUCACCGCUGGCAUACAGCAUCCGACGCCUUCUUGUCCCGGCUGUUCUCAGGCCGAAAUCCGAGCGUAUAAGUUUUGCGGAUAUGGGGCAAUACCUGGUGGUUACAAAGGAAUCCAACUCUGAAGUCGGCAGGCGGCUCCGGGAGACAGAUCCGUCGGCAGGUGAUGUGGAAAUGGAUAUAACCAAGUUCCGGCCGAACAUUGUCGUGUCUGGAAGCCCAACACCUUUCGACGAGGAGUACUGGGCGGAGCUGCGUUUCCCUGGUGAGACCCAAAUGGCGCUGACCGGAAACUGUUUGAGGUGCCAGUCCAUCACUGUGGACUACGAGACAGGCAAGCCUGCCGCGGAUGUGAGGGGCCAGGCUUGGAAAAAGCUCAGCAAAGAUCGAAGGGUGGACAAAGGUUGUACUUUCAUGCCCGUGUUCGGCAGAUAUGGAUACAGCCCUGCGUCCAAUAUCGGAAGAGAUAUCCGAGUUGGCGAUCAGGCUGUGCUCACGCGGAGGAAUCGAGAUCGAACCGUGUUUGGUGAGUCGAAUGCCUGCUUCAAGCAAGAACAUAUUGAGAGUUGA